GACGAAAAGGAGGCCUUUCAAAGAUUUUCAAACAACUUUGUGAGACUUUCUCUACUACUGAAUGAUUUAUUUAUUAAACAAUUAACCAUAAUCAGUUUUAAAAUGACUUUAAUGUCACCAUUUUCACGUAACUGUAAGAAAGACAUGCAUUGUUUAAGUGCUGCACCCAAACAAUGAAACAUUCAGGAAAUUGAUCAUAUGAUGAUAAGUACUUAAAAAACCGGAACGUAAUACUGGAAAUUCAUUUUGAUAUGUAUAAGUUGAACUGUGUUUAACCCCAGCAUAUAUAUAUGUAAGAUUUGUACUGACCGGAGGUAUUUAUACACUUGAUUUUGAAUAUAUAUAUAUAUGUCAUUGAAAACGAACGUUAAAUAUAUUAUAAAAUCAACUUACUAAAUGGGAUAUCCCAGCUAAGAGAUCAAUAAAAACCUGAAGAAAAGCCCUCGAAACAACCCAUGGAUAUGGCCUCAUCAGAUAUGAAGCCAGACACCAGUGAUAUUUCUCUUCGCACAUCAACAGAAACAAAUAAUGAUGUUCUUCAACAUGGAUCGAUAGAAUUAAAUGGUGUUGCUGUCCAAACAGAAGUCCAUAAAGAUAAAGAUAAAGUGUCAAAAAGCAACAAAUCGACAGAAAUACAGUCUUUGUCUAGUUCAAACAUAGGUCAACCCCAACAAGGACUUCCUCUUCAUCUUGAUAAAGUAGCUCAUAUAACAGUACUGGACAAACAUGUUUUGGAUAACCUUAUUUCUAAAUGUAUUAUAAUGAUAGAGGACAGAGAAGAAAUAAUAAAGCCGACAACACAGUUUGAACGUAAUAAAGUUCUUUUGGAAAUCCUAACGGAACGUCCAUAUGAUAAUUUCCAGCCAUGUAAAGAUACCUUGAUACAAUUGGACCAGUGUAAUUCUGAUGUCCAAGAACUAUUUAAUAGAAUGAAAAUUAGAGUGAAGAGUGAAGAACCUUCCAGUCUUUCACAGACUGAAAUUAUUGUUAACACAAAUACAAUAAAAUUACAGAAAAACUACAACGUGUUGGUACACGAUAUGGAUUGUACAACAGAUGUAGUUGACCAUCUUCUACAAUCAGAAGUCCUAGAACCUGAAGACCGAGAGGAAAUAUGUACUCUUAACCUUACAAAACAAGAGAGUAAUAGACGUCUAUUGGCUAAAUUAGUGUGCAAAGAUGAAAACGUAUACAAUAUGUUUCUGGGAGCUCUACGAUAUGCAUCUUAUGAACAGAUUGUAGAUGACCUUGAAAAUACUGAGGUGACAACGCAUGAUAAGGAGUUAUGUCAAAUAGGAAUGGUGAAAUUUAGAGAAAGGCAGAGGAUGAAAGAACAAGGACAAGACAUGAUAUCACAAGUAAAUAAGAACUUAAAAAAGAUACAAAGUGAACUACACGAAGUUAUUCCUGGAAAUAUUCGAGCCCAAAUGAGACUACAGAUUGAGGACUGGGUCCUCAAAGACAGAUCAUUUGUAUUUACACGAGCCAGUGAACAUGUCAGAAACUGCGUACUUGACAACAAUUGCGUGACCAUAACAGGCAGUGCCGGUGUAGGGAAAACAUUUAUUUCCAGACAUGUUGCGCUGAUUUUACAGAAAGAUAGGUACAUAAUAAUACCAGUGACAGAGUCAACAGACAUUAGAAAUUACUAUCAACCUGGUUUGAAGACGGUUUUUGUUGUAGAUGAUAUAUGUGGAAAAUUCACUGCUAGCCAACAGCAAAUUGAAAAGUGGCAACAGUUGUUACCUGUGAUUAAAACAAUAUUAGAAGAUAAAUGUUGCAAGAUCAUUGUAACCUGUAGAUUACAAGUCUAUAAGGACAGACAGUUUGGAGUAUUAUCUCGACCUUUCAAGUCUUGUGAAUGUAAUUUGACAUCCGAUGAAUUGCGUCUAACAGGAUCAGAAAAAACGAAGAUGGCAGAAUCAUAUUUUGGUAAAUAUGCGGAUGAAUUGGAUUUAACUGAAGUGUCAGAACAAUCUUUCCCACUCCUCUGUUCUCUAUGUCGUCGAAAACCGGAUAUGGACGUGCAAAUGUUUUUCAAACGCCCGUUUGAAAUGUAUAAAAACGAACUAGAUAAAUUAUACUGUUCUGGAAAUCAAGGGUUGAUGGAAAUUUGUUCCUUAGUAAUGAUAGUCCUCUAUAAUAACAAACUGGAUGGAGAAAUUUUUACAGGAGAGAUUGCUGACGAACAAAGAAAACUCCUAGAUGACACUUUUGAAGCUUGUGAACUGAAUAGAGGAACAUCUAGGAUGAAGCUGAAAGUUGCUGCUGACACUUUAGUUGGUACAUAUAUUUCUAAAGAGAUUAAUGUUUAUAGCAGUUUGCAUGACAGAUUAUUCGACUUCUUUGCGCACUAUUUUGGUAUGAAAAUGAUACAUUUAGUCAUAAAGCAUGGAGACAGUAGUUUCUUACGUGAACGUGUCGUGUGGAAGGUAACUAAAGAGGAUCACGAAAAUGAUGUCGAAUUUACAAUAAGACUUCCUGAUAAAAACCUCAAAUCUUAUUUAAAAAGACUGAUUUCAGAUUGGUCAGACGGGAAAGUCACAAAUGUGUUCUACAAUGAUAGCAUGAGAAUUCCUGAAUUUAGGCAACAUCUAUUGCAUAAUCUUGCACAAAUGAAUCAGUCUCAACGAAACGAUCUUGCCAAUAAGAAGGAUAACGAAAGAGAGGACUUUGCAGCAGGCAAUACUCCUUUUAUAAAGGCAUGUCGUGAGGGUUAUGCUGAUAUAGUGGAGUGGUUGUUAUCUAACAAUGGUAAUGUCAAUGUAAGUAGAGCCAAUGGUGUAACUCCACUUUACAUGGCAGCGCAAAAUGGUCGCACAGACAUCGUGAGAAUGUUAUUGAAAAAUAAUGCAAACGUCAAUUUGAGUAACAAUGCCGGUGGAACUCCUCUUAGAAUGGCCUCUCAGAAAAAUCAUAUUGAUGUUGUCCGUUUAUUGAUUGAACAUAACGCGGACAUAAAUGCACAGAUGUAUGAUGGCGACAAUCCACUUUUGACAGCCACCCGGAAUGGUUUUGCAGACAUUGUAGAGUUGUUAUUAGCUAAAAGAGCUGACUGUAAUAAAUGUCUACAAAGCAAACAGUUGAUUGUAGAUUCUAUAGCUAAGCAUCCGCCAAAGAAAAUUAAAAGUGUACAACAAAGUUGGCUCAAUGUUGCAAAUAAAUACGGUACAUUAGUUACUAUAGAGUUCGUUAAAAACGCAGUACCAGAACAUGUUUUUGGUAUGUUCGCUGGUUCAUACCCACUACAUCUUGCUAGUUUCAUGGGACAUAAAAAUGUAGUCAAAGUCCUCCUGGACUAUAAUCUAAAUGUGAACGUAACAAAAGUUGAUGGAACGACACCAUUAUUCUCUGCAUGUGAAGUCGGACAUGAGGAUAUCGUUUGUUUAUUGUUAGAGAGAAGUGCUAAUAUAGACAUGCAACGGACUGAUGGAAAAUCUCCGUUGGACAUUGCAUCGGACAAUGGUCAUAAAUCUAUAGUGAUGAUAUUGGAGGAACAUUCAAAGAAAUGACAAUAGCUUUUAUUUUACUUUAAUGACUUGAUUGAAGCAAAGAAGAGGGCCACGAUGGCCUUAAUUUGGACCUUAUAAUCGACUAUUGUAAUAUCAUAUGUAAAUACCCAUAACAAUCUUCAAUAUGAAAUUUAGGCAAAUUUUACCCUUUUUCUGUCUACUGUUCGUUUAAACGAUGUAAACAGCUUCAAAAGUAAAGCAUGUCAGUAACUGCUA